UUGCAUAUCGACGGUGGAUGAUUGGCCUCUUUCCUUUGUAAUGGUAGCCUCUUCAUCACCGAAGCAUUUUCUUUUUGGAAAGUAAACUAAAAGGCAGCACACAGUGUUUCUCCAUAUAGCCGGCUCAACUUGAUAGCUUCAGAUUUGUGUUAUUGAGAGAAUUGCAGAAGACUGAAAACAUGCCAGGAAUAAAGGGACCUUCUGAUUAUUCACAAGAACCGCCACGCCAUCCUUGUCUUCAAAUCAACUCCAAGGAGCCUUUCAAUGCCGAGCCGCCUCGUUCAGCUUUAGGUUCCUCUUAUGUGACUCCAGUGGAUUUGUUCUACAAGAGAAAUCAUGGACCAAUCCCAGUAGUUGAUGACAUAGAGAGAUACUGUGUUGAUAUAACUGGUUUAAUUCAAACUCCGAAGAAGCUGUGUAUGAGAGAUGUUAGGAUGCUACCAAAAUACAACGUGACAGCCAUUUUACAGUGUGCAGGUAAUAGGAGGACUGCCAUGAGCAAAACCCGGAAAGUGAGAGGAGUUGGCUGGGAUGUUUCUGCUAUAGGGAAUGCUGUCUGGCGAGGUGCCAAAUUGGCUGAUGUACUUGCGCUCGUCGGGAUACCAAAGUUGACAAGUAGCACCCAGUCUGGUGGAAAACACGUGGAAUUUGUGAGCAUUGAUAAGUGUAAGGAGGAGAAUGGCGGCCCGUACAAGGCAUCGAUUCCACUUAGUCAAGCCACUAACCCUGAAGCAGAUGUUUUACUUGCUUAUGAGAUGAAUGGAGAGCCUCUCAAUAGGGAUCAUGGUUAUCCGUUGAGAGUAAUUGUGCCUGGCGUUAUAGGUGCACGUUCUGUCAAGUGGCUCGAUUCUAUCAACAUAAUAGCAGAAGAAUGCCAGGGCUUCUUCAUGCAAAAGGAUUACAAGAUGUUUCCACCAUCUGUCGACUGGGAUAAUAUCAAUUGGUCUACCAGGCGGCCUCAAAUGGAUUUCCCGGUUCAGUCUGUUAUUUGUUCUUUGGAAGAUGUGCAGUCAAUUAAACCCGGGAAGAUUACAAUUAGUGGAUAUGCAGCAUCUGGAGGGGGCCGAGGAAUCGAGAGAGUAGAUGUGUCUAUAGAUGGUGGCAAGACCUGGUUAGAAGCCUCUAGAUUUCAGAAAACCGGUAUCCCUUACAUAUCAGAUCAUGAAAGCAGUGACAAAUGGGCAUGGGUGCUUUUUGAGAUCACAGUCGACAUCCCGUACAGUACUGAGAUCAUUGCCAAAGCGGUGGAUUCAGCUGCAAAUGUCCAACCUGAAAACGUGAGAGAUAUUUGGAACCUAAGAGGUAUUCUGAACACUUCAUGGCACCGAGUUCAAGUUCGCAUGGGCCACUCGAAUAUGUAACUCAGACGAACGAAUAGGUAAAUAACUGACACCUGCUUUAAUAAUGCUGUUUCAGCAGAUUGUUAUGUGAUCUUGGAAUGUUUAAUCUUACAUGAUUUCACAUUGUGGGUUAAUAUAUGACAUUAUGGCAA